UAGUUUCUUAGUUUUCUAAACGUCAACUAUUUCAUCAAUCGUUUGUUCAGAGUUAGUAUUCCCAUAAAUUGUUUCGACUUCUUCUUGAAUUGUCAUCUUCUUCUAAAGCCAAUCUUUUAUCAGCCCUUUGGUUUCGUCCCAGUUUUCAUGGAGACAGCACCCUUCCAGUUUACCUGCAGCACCACUCCUCUUUGUCUUCCUCCCAAUUUCAUUCUCCCUGAGGACAAAAGACCGCACAUAUCUCAAGUUUCCACUUUGAACUCAAUUCCCAUCAUCGACUUGAAUGACCAAAUUCAUGCCAGUGAAAAUGGUGAUUUCCCCUCUCUAUUAGUGGAGAAAAUAUCGCGAGCCUGUGAGGAAUAUGGCUUCUUCCAGAUUAUCAACCAUGGAGUCCCCCAAGAAUUAUGUAAUAAAAUGAUGACUGUCAGUACCCACUUCUUUGAAUUGCCUUUUGAACAAAAAAAGCAAUUCUUUACGACAGAUUUUACCAAGCAGGUAAAGCUUUUCAACUACUACCUCAACACCCAUGGCCAAGAGAAGGUUAAUACGUGGAGUCAAUCCUUCUCUCAUCCAGGGCAUCCCAUAGAAGAUUUGAGCCAUCUUUUACCAGAAAAUCCACCUCAGUAUCGAGAAGUGUUUGGUGAGUACGCGAAGGAGAUUGGAGCACUAAUGAAUAGGCUUCUGAGCUUAAUAUCACAAAGUUUGGGGCUUGAGAAGGAAUGCUUGCAAAAGAGGCUUGGUGAGAAUCCUAGUCUUAAACUACAGGCAAAUUACUAUCCACCAUGUCCUGAGCCAGAGUUGACCUUGGGACUGGGUUCUCACACAGACGUAGAUGCACUCACAAUUCUUUGCCAAUCUGAAGGAGUUAGUGGUCUCCAAGUGAUUAAAAAUGGGAAAUGGGUUGCUGUUGAUCCUGUUCCUAAUGCCUUUGUCAUCAAUCUGGGUGAUCAAAUCCAGGUUUUGAGUAAUGGAAGGUAUAAGAGUGUACAGCAUAGAGCUGUGACCAACAAAGUGAAAAGAAUUUCAUUGGCAAUGUUUUAUGGACCUAGCAUGGACGCUGUGAUUGGUCCAAUUCAGGAGUUGGUUGAUGAAGCACACCCUCCAGUUUACAGAAAUUACCGAUUUUCAGAGUUGAGAGAAGAAUUCGACAGGCAACGAGGAACAAGGCGGAUGGUGAAGGAAGUGUUUGAGCUGCCUAAAAAAUGAAAAACUAUGUACUACACUAUAACUAUUCACUUUGGUUUCUCUGUUUUCGAUCUGGAAGCUAAUAAUGACUCCGUCAAAACUCACUGGAAUUAAUUGGUGUGGUCUUCUUAUCUAUGAUUGGUGGAUCUUCUAAAAUACUGUUUUUCUUGAUUUAUUAUAUAAUUUUCUAUGUGUGAUCGUC